AUGCAGCCACGUGUGGCCAGUCAGAUCGUGGUCCCGUCGAACCAGGUGUCGCGGGUCGCGUGGGAGAAGGUCGCCGCGCCGCCCACCGCUGCACCGCGACCCCACUUCACGGAGGAGGUGGAGAACCAGACGGUGGUGGUGGGGAGGGACGGGACCAUGCGCUGCUCCGUCAAGAACCUCGGCAGCCACCAGAUCGCGUGGAUGAAGGCGGACACGCAGACGCUCCUCAGCAUCUCCAACACCAUGAUCUCCCGCAACUACCGCAUCCGCGUCCGCCACAGCGACAACACCACCUGGUUCCUGCACCUCGAGAACGUGAACCUGACGGACCGCGGCAACUACAUGUGUCAGAUCAACACCGUGCCGCCGAUCUCCAAGCAGGGCUACCUCGAGGUGGUGGUUCCGCCGGAGAUCUUGGACGAGGAGACGAGCACGGACGUGGAGGUGAAGGAGGAUGCGCCGGCCCAGCUGCGGUGCGGGGCGAAGGGUUACCCAGCGCCGGAGAUCAAGUUCACCAAGGAGAGAGGCGGCCAAGUUCGCUACGCCACCAAGGGAAUGCCAGGCGCCGUGCCCUCCAGCACCACCGUGGACGAGGACGGGCUGAAGCGAACCACCGCCGUGCUCGCCUUCAACACGGUCACUCGCGGGGACAUGGGACACUACCUCUGCAUCGCCUCCAACGGUGUGCCGCCCACCAAGAGCAAGCGGAUGGUGCUCAACGUGAGAUACCGCGAGCCGGCCGUCUUCCUGAGUCACCAGAUGAUCGGCGCCUACCUCGGGGACUCUAUCACGAUCAACUGCAGCGUCACCGCCUACCCGCGCCCCGUCGUCUUCUGGCAGGACAGCAGCGGCAAGAUGAUCAUUUCGGGCGGUCGGUUCCGGGUGAAGGAGACGCAGGUGGGGUACAGCACGCCCGAGAUUCUGACCAUGCUGACGAUCUCCGACAUCACGCAGGAGGACUUCACAACCUACCGCUGCAACGCCUCCAUAGACAACGACAAGACGCGGGAGAAGAGCCUGGCGGUGGAGCUCAACGAAAUCUCGCGACCGUCUACCGAGUCUUCUGUCAUCUUCAAAGUGGCCCAUCAACCGAAAAACUUGCAGAAGUCGUUGUCGAAACAAAAGCAAAUUAACGAGAUUGGUGAGAGGUACGAGAAGCCCACCAAGCUCGCCCCAGGCUUCCCAGACAUCUUCUCGCAGUCCAGCCACGGUCACCUCAACUACAACCACGGGCCGCCAGCGUCAUCCAGCGACCAGUCAAAGAGCAGUGCGAAGGUGAUCUGGGUUCUCGCAGGCUGGUGGCUCCUCGGGACGGCAGCGGCAUGAUCGAGGGGCGACAGCUGCUUGUGUUAUAAAGACUCUUAACUUGGUUAGGUUAGGUGGUGAGGUGGUGGUGGUGG